GUGAAAUUUGAUGACUGCAUGGGGAAUGAGGCCGUGGUUUUCCAGAGCAGCGACCCCGUCUUCAGCGUGCGGACAGAUGGAUCCAUCUUUGCCAAGGGAGAGGGAGCUAGCCUGGAUGAGCCGGUUCAGUUUAAAGUGACAGCGCAUGGUUCUCACAGAAAUGUCUGGGAUACUGUGGUUCAGCUGGCACCAACUGACCUGUUCUCAGCAGGACAAAAUCAAAAUAAGGUCACAGAGGAAGAAGGGGACAUCAGUGAGAAAAACAAGAAGAAGGAUACGUUCCAGGCGCCACAUCCUGUUAUAACGUUCCCAGAGUCCCACUUCCACAGCACCAAGGGUCUCCGAAGGCAGAAGAGAGACUGGGUGAUCCCACCCAUCAAUGUGGCAGAAAAUUCACGUGGACCAUUCCCUCAGAUGCUCGUCAGUAUUCGUUCAGACCAGGAUCAGGACAUCUCAAUUCGAUACAGCAUCACUGGAGUGGGAGCAGAUCAACCGCCCAACGAGGUGUUCAGUAUUGACCCUGUGCUUGGAAAGAUGUUUGUCACCAAACCUCUGGAUCGAGAGCAUCGAUCUUCUUAUCAUCUGCGAGCCCAUGCUGUGGACAUGAAUGGGAACCAGGUGGAGAACCCUAUUGAUCUCUACAUAUUUGUUAUUGACAUGAACGACAACAGACCCGAGUUCAGAAACCAGGUUUACAAUGGAUCUGUGGAUGAAGGUUCUAAGCCAGGAACUUACGUGAUGCACCUGUCUGCCUUUGAUGCUGAUGACAACACCACAGCCAAUGGAAUGGUUCGGUAUCGGAUCCUGUCCCAGACACCCCAUAGCCCGAUCCCCAACAUGUUCACCAUCAACAGUGAGACAGGGGACAUAAUGACGGUAGCGCCUGGACUGGACAGAGAGAAAGUGUCACAGUACACCAUCAUCGUGGAAGCCAGGGAUAUGGAAGGAAAUCUCAACUUUGGCCUUUCCAACACAGCCACAGCUAUCAUCACUGUCACAGACAUCAAUGACAACCCUCCCAUGCUGACCUCAAGAACCUUCUCAGGUGAGGUCACAGAAAACACAGUGAAUGUGGUGGUGGCAAAUCUGACUGUUCUAGAUGGCGACCAGCCUCACUCACCUAACUGGAACGCCGUGUACAGGAUCAUCAGCGGGGACCCAAUAGGGCACUUCACUAUUCGCACAGACCCUGUUAGCAAUGACGGCCUCGUCUCUGUGGUGAAGCCAGUUGAUUUUGAGAUGAACCGUGCCUUCAUGCUCACGGUGGUGGUGUCUAACCAGGCCCACCUAGCCAGUGGGAUCCAGUCUUCGCUUCAGUCAACCGCUGGUGUCACCAUAUCUGUGAAGGAUGUCAACGAGCCACCUUAUUUCCCCACCAACCCUAAACAGAUCCGAUUCGAGGAAGGUGUUCCCACUGGCACCAGCCUGACCACUUUCUCAGCUUCAGAUCCUGACAGACUCCAGAUGCAACAGAUAAUCAGGUACUCAAAGCUGAAUGACCUCGCAAACUGGCUAUCUAUCAACAGAACCAGCGGUCAGAUAGUAACUACAGGAGUUCUGGACCGGGAGUCUGUCUAUGUAAAAAACAACAUUUAUGAGGCUACUUUUCUGGCUAUAGACAAUGGCUCCCCUGCAGCCAGCGGCACAGGCACGCUGCAGAUUUAUUUGAUAGAUAUUAAUGACAACCCCCCAGUGCUUGUACCAAGGGAGUCUCAGAUCUGCGAAAGGAUGAACAAGAACGUCAAUGGCUUCAACAUCACUGCUGCUGAUGCUGACACAGACCCCAAUGCCGGUCCCUUUGUCUUUGAGCUGCCCAACUUCCCAAGCAGCAUCCGACGCAACUGGACCACUACACGAAUCAGUGGUGAUUAUGCCCGCCUGGCUCUUCGAUACCAAGUUUACUUGGAACCAGGAAUGUAUGAGGUCCCUGUCAUUGUGUCAGACUCGGGCAACCCACCGUUGUCCAACAGGUCCAUUAUCAAAGUGAAGGUGUGUCCCUGCGAUGAAAAUGGAGACUGCACAACACUCGGUGCCGUUGCAGCCGCUGGCCUUGGAACUGGAGCCAUUAUCUCCAUCCUAAUCUGCAUCAUCAUUUUGCUUUGCAUGGUGCUGUUGUUUGUGGUGUGGAUCAAGCGCAGGGAGAAGGAAAGGCAGACAAAGCAGUUGCUGAUUGACCCUGAAGAUGACGUCCGUGACAACAUCCUCAAAUACGAUGAAGAGGGGGGAGGCGAAGAGGAUCAAGACUAUGAUUUGAGCCAACUGCAGCAGCCAGACUCUUUAGAACACAUCAUCACCAAGCCGCCGGGCAUACGCAGAGUUGACGAGAGACCCAUUAUCCCAGAGUCACAGUACCCGAUCAGACCAGUUGUUCCCCAUCCUGGAGAUAUUGGGGACUUCAUCCAUGAGGGUCUGCGGGCUGCAGACAAUGACCCCACAGCCCCACCGUAUGAUUCCCUGCUCGUCUUCGACUAUGAGGGCAGUGGCUCCACCGCCGGCUCAGUCAGCUCCCUCAACUCUUCCAGCACAGGAGAUCAGGACUAUGACUACCUCAACGAAUGGGGACCGCGCUUCAAGAAGUUGGCCGACAUGUACGGGGGCGGGGAUGAUUAAUAAAUGAUCUUGGCCCGUCCUGCACAUGCGCACACACACGCACCCUCGACCCAUCAGCUGGCCUGCCAAGCUCUGUCUCCAUAACAGAAUGGGGCAAUUGAACCCUACUUGAACACAAAUUAAGGAUGACAUAUUCAUACGGACCAACCAAACAAUUUAGUAGCCGCAACAGAGGACCAGUGUCGUAAGUCCCUUCCAGGAGCUCUUCUUUACCUGCUCCUGCUCUAAGCCUGUCCAAGACUGUAAUGGAAGCUCUUAUUUGCAGGCUUUGUGUGAGUUUUACUUUCAAACACAUGUACUUCUGUUACACCUUAGUUUUGUUUUUUUGUUGUUGUAGACUUCAGUUACUGUGUUUUAGGUUUCUAUUGCUUUUUCCUGUUCUCAGUCACAUUUAAUUCAGAAAUACCCCUUUCCUGAGAGAUUCCACUUUUCCCUCACUGUAAGCCCCCCCUGCCUGCAUCUUUGAAGGAGCUUUAGGUUUUAGAUAGAUGCUUUAUCUGAGGCAAACAAAAGGGAAAAGAAGGUAACCCAGAUAUGAAGUUGUCUUUUCUUGGAGGGCCCUGAUUCAUUCUUUCCACAACUUGAAUUACUUAGAACAGAAGCACUGUUGUUUAAAAAGUGCCUUCACUGGUGCGUUCUUUUAGCAAACUUCAGCUUACUCAGGAUUGGUUGCCAUUCUCUGGGCUUGCAGGCCCCGACAUGACCCCAGACCCUUUAAUUCAGACCUCCCUUGUUAUUUCUCCUGUCCGGCAGGGCCGUUACAUCCGGAGGAGAUCUCAGUGCUGGUUUCAGAGGAGCAGCGACUGGUUUCAGAGAGCGGUUCAUGUAGACGUACAUAGGCCUACAGUGUGUCUCUGGGUGAUGGACUAAUCAUCAGAUUUUUGGAAAGUCAGACGUACUGUGCUCCUAGAUCACAGUUUGCUGGAAUGUGACUGCUGAAAUCGCAGAAACAGACUGUCUUAGAUGAAAAAAUGCAUUGUGUGUUGGUUACUUGUAGCAACAGCAGCUGUGUUUGUUUUGAGAUACUGAGUGUUUGAGGGACUUGGCUCGUUACUAAAUAUGGCUGACAAGUAAAUGUACUUAUGGAGAUUACUUAAGAGUCUGGCUUUAAGAUCAUCCAACAUUUGUAUAUUAAAUAUUUGGGUCAAAUGUGUUUAAAUUUGAAAAUGAGGAAGGAUAAACAAUCAAUAACAUAUAUUACUAAAGGAACAACACAGAUAUGCAAAUUUGUUUUCUAGCUGUGGGUUGAAUCAUUCGCUCCUCUAGCCUUCAAUAUUAUUUUAGUCAGUCCAGUUCCUUUAUCCUUUAACUUUUGAGAUACAAUUUAUGAUUCUAGACAGAGCAACAUACAUUAGAGGUGCACAGAAAUAGAUUCCAGUUUUAUUUAGUGCUUCUAACUUGUGAGCAGUAGGUCAGAACUCACAAAAAUCUGUCAUUUUAGGUAUAAUUCACCAUUGGUCACAAGUUGGUGGGUCUAACUUGUGAGCACUAGGUUAUUGCAUCCAGUGAAUGCACCAUACAAGUCAUAGAAGUGGCAACACUUAAAUAUGAAAGUUGUUACUGUGGGAAGAAUAUGCAAAGUUAACCUUUUAGUUAGCUAUUUAGAAUUUUUUAUGUUGGAUUAAAGGAUGAAGGACAUGAAAAGAACAUGUUGAGUGGGAAGAUCAGUGAAUCUUGUCAACAGCAAACACCCUUUAAAAACUGCCCAAAUAAUUCUUAUUCUAAUAAAUGUAAAAAUAAUGAAUGUCAGUAUUACGUAGCACAAUCAAAUAUUAUGACAGCAAAAUAGUUAAGAUAAAUUAUUUUAGUAUCAAAGGCAGUCAUGUUAAAAAAUAAAGAAAUUAUAAUGUAGUUAUACAGUAAGAAUAGUUGUUUUUUUUUUCACGAGCUGUAGCGUCAAAAAGUCAUCUCUAUGGUUACGGUUACACUGCAGGUCUUGAUGCUCAAUUCAGAUAUUUUUGUGAAAUCCAAUUUCUUUGCACGAUUGUUCACGUUUCCAAAUAAAUGCAACCUGUAUGUAUGUGUGUCACUUGGCUAUGUGGUACUGGUUGUUUUUCUUCCUGCUUCUGUGUAGCCAGAUGCAAGUAUAACUGACAUUCAAGUCGGAUUAAUGCGACCUGGCUUUUCAGAGUACAAAUUCAGGUCACAUUUGAAAACAUCCGAUUUAUAUCAGAUUCAGCACCACAGAGCCAAGUGGCCUGGAACAAAUCAGAUCUGCGUUGUCAUGAAAAGAUCAGAUACAGGUCGCAUAUGACCAAAAAAGUCAGAUUUGGGUCACUUGGCUAUGUGGUCCUGAAUCCAAUACGUUUCUGAUCUUUUCAAAUGCGACCUGUGUCUGAACGGUGAGGUCGCUUUCAUCCGACCUGUACACAAUUAAUACUCUUUAUUUUUAACCAUCUUGAAAAGAUUGAGUUUAUAAGGUUGGGAAAGAUCACUAGAUGCGCUCCCGCACUACCAUCCAUGUUAACACAGAGCAUGCUUUCUUGUGACGUCAUUGUGUCCUCUACUGCGCAUGCUGGACAGUUGAAGUUCAAAAAGAAAGGAUUCAUCUAGAGCAAUUUUAUUGUGUGGCUUGUCUAAAUUGCGCUAAAAAUGCUCCAAGUAAUAAAAAUCAAGAGAAUUUCACAGUAUGCUGGGCGCCUCUAGCGCCUUUAGAGCAGUCACAUGACAAAACACAGCUGUGACGUCAGUGUAGUCAAACGUCUUAGGGCGGGUGUAUAGAACAACUACUUCACGCAUUGUUAAGCACAGUGAAAGGAUCAUUAAAACGUCGUUACAAUGAUCUUUUGUACUGCUGGUAAUUGUAGGAAUGGCUUUGGAUCGGGAAAAAUAAUGUUUAAUUAUCAGAAGGACCCGGUUUUGCGUCAAAUUUGGUUCCGGAAAGUAAAUAGAUAAGACAAAAAUCAAUCUGUGGCAUCCAAACUGAUACAGCAAACUAUUUUCAGAUCACAUCACGGCAGAUUCUUUUAUCAUCAAUCCUGCUCUCACAGCAUCAGUUGGAUUUAAUAUACCAAAGUAUCCAUGGCAUGUUUUCUCUGUUGUAUAGCUUUAAUAAAGUGCCUGAUGGCAAUAAAGCUGAUUUAAAGCAUUGUUUUUUUUUUUUUCAUAAAACAACAGACCCUAGCUAGUUGCACAGUUUAGUAUAGCCGCAGCUUUAGACAGAUUUCCAUAUCAUUAUGGGCCGUGCUCCAGAACAACAACCGCAAUGGAUAACAUUCAGUUACCGCAGGCAGAGACCCACAGCUCGAACCCCACGCCCGGAGCGAUGAGUCGAACGGGUAAAAACCACAUCCGAAGGACAAUGUUAGCCACCCACACAGCAGAAAGGAAAGGGUUCUUGGACCGCUCGCUGCAAUCGGAUUACCGAGGGACCGCUUUCCCCAUCCAGGCACAGCAGCGGAGCACAGCCUGCUUUCCAGAACAGCCAGAACCGCACAGAGGGCUCAAACACUGACCGCCAGCCUUCACGCCCGGCCGCAGAAGCACGAUGCCAAACGAAACAAACCUGGUCACCACAGAACCAAUCCAAAUCCUGUGAUUCCCUCUUCAAACAAAAGGUUAGACUCUGGUUUAAACUAAAAAGCACAGUCCUAUCUGGAAAAUGUUCUGAAAGAUAAUGAACUUCUUCCACAAGCUCUGCAUAAGAUCAAAGAACAUUUAGCAGCGGUGAUUAAUCCAGUGAGUUUCAUAUUCAAAUUGUUAAAAACUCGAUCACAAAGGUGAAUAAGCAUUGACCUGCUGUGUAAAAUGACCACUUCCUGACUAAACUGACGUCAUGGCAUCCUACAGUGUCUCAGUGGGUCACGUGACCGAAUGAGGAAUUUAGCGUUGUCUGCUAUCGUGAAUCAUUUUAUGCUAUAAACAACAAAAUGCUGGAUUUCUUUUUUUUUUUGUGAUUUAUUUAAUUUUGUACAUACUAUCAAAUGAGAGCUAUAUGCAUGUGUUUUCUAGUUGAACUUUAAGCUGUAUGAAUGCAUUUCACUCAGGAGAUCACAUACAAGUUGCAUAUAUUUGGAAAUGUGAACAGCAACGCAAAAAAAAAAAAAAGAAUCGGAUUUCAAAAACAAAUAGGAAAUGAGCAUUAAGGCCUGAAGUGUGAACGUAGCCUUAGUCAUGCAUUUGUUCUGUCCAGCCACUGAACGAGGUGAGUCCAAUCUGCAAAGUGAAUUCAAUUGUGAAGAUUGGACUCACCGGGUUCAGUGGCUGGGCAGAACACAUGCAUGCCAUGGAGAAGACUUGAUGACUCCACAUCUCCCACCUCUGGCACAAGCUACAUUAGCUUAGCUUAUAUACUUAGUUUUGGUUUUAUCUUGAAGCCAAUAGUGGCAUGUUUAUGUAUGUUCCGUAAUCAAUCACACUGCCAGUCACCAGAAUGUUUUUAUUCACAUAAAGAUUUUAGAUUUCUUUUAAAACAUCUACUCUAUGCGUCAUGCGCAGAUACCGGUAACUUUAAUCGUAAACAGAAUUAUUUUAAAGAACUUUUAAAAAUGUCAACUCUCUUUUAAGUUUUUCUUUGUUUUAAAAUUGCAAAACACCAAUCACACAGUGUGAUGCAUCUGUUGUUCCUAUUUAUAAUGUAUGCAGUUGUAAUAGGCUUAAAAAAUCAAUACUGUAAGUGAUAGCUUCUUAAAAGAAACCAGACAUGACCUGCAUAUAUCUGCUGACCUAAAUCUGCAAAAGAUAAAUAAAUCUGAUGCAUCCAUAUUAACACUGGUGGGAAAAAGCCACAGUAAGGAGCUUAAUACAGUCUCAAACUAGCCCUCUCUAGGCUGUGAUCCAUUCAUUAGAAAGUUUUUCUCAAAAAGCCUGACAUCUAAGAAAGGUAGGCUCAUGUAAAUUGAAUGUUCCUUAAUUAUUAGAUCCCCCUUAAUUAAUUUUCUGCCUGAAUUGAAGCUUUUAAAAAAGAAAUAACACAUCAGGAACUGCUGAAGGUCAGCUAAACAUAGUCUGCUCAUCAAGUUAUUUGAAUGUGCAAACUAUCUUACAAAGCUACAGUAAGUAAUUAAUAACAGAAAUUAAUGAGAACAUCAUUUAUUCAGAUACUGGUAGAUUUGUACUGACUUUUAAUUAUAACACAAGGUCUGUAAGGGAAAGAUCAGUUACUUUAUCAAACUUUUCUUAACUUAACCUUAAGACAUAGAAUACAAUAAAACUACUCUGUUUUGAAAAAAAAAAGACAAGCAAGUUGGCAUGUUUUUUAACAAUAUAAUAUCAUGGUUUCACUGUAUCUUCAUUAACACAAAAGAUUAAAACCAAAUAACAUAACGUGAUCUAAUUGCUUUUAUUUGAACAAUUAAAGCAACUAAGAUUACUAUGGCUGCCAAAAAAACAAAUAUUAUUUGUUAUAUUUAUGGUAUCUAUACCAUACUUUAUUCAAAUCCAUAGAUUUGUUAAAGUGGCCGCACCCUGUUAAAAAUGUUUGUAGGCAUUAAAUAAUUUUUGCAACAUUACAUAGGUAAAAUAUUAAUGCUACAGAAUAUGACCCACUGUUCAUUUAUAUAUAUUAGCUUAAGUAUAACAGGUAAGCUAACAGCUUCUUUUGCUGAACUCUAUCCUUGGUUAAAGCAUUCAAUUUAGACUAGGGAAAAGUAUAGUUGGUUUUAUUCAGAUGGGUAACAAGCAAUGCACAGCAACAGGUGGGGGAAGGAAAGUGCUCCAUUCACUGAUCCUAUCCUAUCCAAUCUCACUCAAAAGAAAGUAGAAAAGUGAUGACAGAUCAUUUACGCAUCUUCAAAACCAUUGCUCUGUAAAAUCCUGGCACAUUUUUAUACCGCUUAGCAUCAUAUAAUCAAAAAUAUGAAGAAAGAGUGAAAAUAACAGGUGAGAAAAAAAAAUAUAGAAGUAUAUAGAAAUUGGAGAGUGUUAUUUGCCUAUACAAAAAAGAAACAAAACCAAUCAAGUGUUAAUAACAAGGUGAAGAGGUUCACUUUAGUUCAGUUCAGAUUGAUAAGUAUUAAUUGCUAUUUAUGGAACCAAGAAGUGGUGAUGAACAGGAUAGCUGGUGGUGCAGAUAUGAGAACAGAGAGAGAGGUUUCCACAGCUCACUGCUAGAUAAGCUCUAAUCUGUGCUUGCCUCUCAGUCUGAAGUAUAUCCUCACAAAAUAAACACAGCUGUUAGUUCAUAUUUGUGAUUCUUUCUGACAUUUAAAUGUUGUACAUAUAGAGUCUUUUUUAUACAUGUGGUGACAUUACAUUUUCUUUACUCCCCCCCCCCACUAUUGUUUGGUUUCAAAUAAAUACUUGGCAUAUAUUUCACAAAAAGCAAUGUGCAUUUACUGGAAUUUGUAUAAAUAUGUACGGGCAGACGACCAUACUUGUAUCUCUUCAUCAUGGCGAGAGGGUUCCACUCCAAACCAACCUGUACAGUACUCACUCCUCUAGGCCUUACUGUAUAUAUAUAUGAGAGUGUUCUAUAUUAUAGGAAAAUAUUCUGUAUUGUUUUAAUUUGUCUCAAAAGCAGCACGAAGACUGAUGGCCAUUCUUUCUCCAAAGAAUGAAGAAAUGUAUAGCUGAUGUAUGAUUAGACUGUCAAAUUAGAUUUGGGGUCAAACAGAAAGUGGUAACCAACCUUUUUGAACCCUGUUGCAUAUGACAAAUUAUGACAAAGGCACUGAAUGUUUUCAGGCUCUGUAACGCUUGGCAUUAGGGAAGAGUGCAUCAAAAGUAACUUGACCCCAUUGAUCUUCAAAAUAUGAGGCAAAAUAAGAAAAGUUUGUUUGUUUUUUACUUACAAUGUUGAUUUAUUGCAGUGACAUUCUCUUGCUAUUGAAAGGGGAGAAUUCACAAAUGAAAACCAAGAAAGAACAAUCGCACUGCCAAAGUUCUUACUUAAGUUAUGCUUGAUGUUUGGAGUUACUCGUAGAAGACGGCGCCAUUGCUGGUUGUUGCGGACUCUACAACCAUGGACACAGACCUGAAGGGAGAUCCCAAAAGAUGCCAAACUUUUGUUCUGCUAUGACCUGAAUCCUAAAUAUUGGCAGGAUUUCAUAUGAAAUCUAGUAUUUAGGUCCAAGUGUACAUGAUGUAAUAUUUGCUUGAAGUUAAACAGACCAUGUUAGGCAAGCUGUAACUGUAAAAUUGAAGCUUUUUUGCAUGUGUCUUUUUUAUAAUGAGCAGAUGAGUUCUACUUCACUAAACAUGUAACAAUUCAAAAACUGUGCAGCUUGCAUGACGGAGUGUGGAUUCCAGAUGGGACUCUGGUGUAUGCAUACAAAAAAAGAUGAAAAAAGAUAUUGCACAGGUAUUUAAUCAAAAACUUCUUUUGUAAAUUGCCAACAGCACAAAUAUUUUAUAUUGUUGUUUGUACCUUUUUUUUAGAAAAAAUCGAAAAAAAGGGAAAGAGCCUGUUAUUUCAAAAGUGUGUUUAUAGUGCCACUACAACCUUGGUUUCCAGAAUUACCAUACAGUACAUGCACAGCCUUGCAGAUGAACUUGUAAUAUAGGCGCUGAGCCAGAGAUUUCCUGUCAGCAUAAUGUGUUAUAAAUAAAAAAAUU